GCUUCUUCUUUAUAUUUGCCAGAGAAGCUAGCUUCCGGCCUUUUUGCUCCCGACAUUGUAGACACACCUGGGAGCAGCAGCAACAGCAGCAACAACAGGAGAAGGAGGAGAAGAUCUUCACCUUCCUACAAACAGCAGAAAAGAAGAAAGUAUAGAGUUCCUAGAAAAGACAUGAAUGACUUUGCAGUUCUCUGCACGGGCCGCAAGAUGCCCCUCUUGGGCCUGGGGACGUGGAAGAGCGAGCGUGGAAAGGUACAGGUCAAACAGGCCGUCUUGUGGGCCCUGCAGGCCGGGUAUCGCCACAUCGACUGCGCGGCCAUUUACGGCAACGAGGUGGAGAUCGGAGAAGCCCUUCAGGAGAUGCUGGACCAGAACAACGCUCUGAGGCGAGAGGACGUGUUUGUCACGUCCAAGCUGUGGAACACGCGGCAUCACCCUGAGGACGUGGAGCCGGCGCUCCUACAAACCCUGAAGGACCUGCGGCUGGAAUAUUUGGACCUCUACCUGAUCCACUGGCCACACGCCUUCCAACGCGGAGACACACCUUUCCCCAAAAAGGAGGACGGCUCGCUGCUGUACGACCAGGUGGACUACAAGCUGACGUGGGCCGCCAUGGAGAAGCUGGUGGGGAAGGGUUUGGUGCGGGCCAUCGGGCUGUCCAACUUCAACAGCCGGCAGGUGGACGACAUCCUGUCUGUGGCCAGCAUUAAGCCCGCCGUCCUGCAGGUGGAGAGCCACCCCUACCUGGCCCAAGUCAAACUGCAGGCCCACUGCCGGGCCCGGGGCCUGGUGAUGACGGCCUACAGUCCUCUUGGAUCCCCGGACCGUGCCUGGAAACAUCCUGAUGAACCUGUCCUGCUGGAUGAGCCCGCCAUUGCAACGCUGGCACACAAGUACAACAAGUCGCCUGCUCAGAUCAUACUCAGGUGGCAGACACAGCGUGGCGUAGUGACCAUCCCCAAAAGCGUGACAGAGGCGCGUAUCAGAGAAAAUAUUCAGGUGUUUGACUUCACGCUGGAGGCAGAGGAGAUGAGCAGCAUCACGGCGCUGAAUAAAGACUGGCGCUACAUCGUUCCUAUGGUCCAGGUGGACGGGAAGCAAGUUCCUCGGGAUGCGGGACAUCCUCAUUACCCGUUUAAUGACCCUUACUGAGGGAUUUGUGCCUUCACACCCACGCGCGGCCUCCAAAACUGCCCCUGCCAUAAAACACACUGUCCCUGUCUAAAGAACAAUCUUUUUUGGAUGAAUUAACAGGUGCUCACUUCCUUUUUACAUCUUACUUAAAGGGGAACAGCACUUUUUUUUUUUUUUUUUAGGAAUUUUGCCAUUAGUUCACAAUCCUUUAUGAGAGACAAGAACAUGUUUUUUUAAAUAGAUUCUAAUUUGUAAUGUUCAUCUCGUUCUAGGUGGCUAGUAAUGAAGCUAAACCAAUUUUCACAAUGCAGCCAAAAAAUAUGACAACACGUGGGCUAUUACUUACUGCAUACUGUAAUAUAGAUGUUAAUGUUUUUGUUUGGCAAGCUGUUAAUAACAAGUUAUUGUAAGAGCGAACACUGAGGACCUGUUUAUUUAGCGUAGUAUCACAUCGCCUGGCGAUUGUGAAGUAUAUUUAUAUAGCGCUUUUCUCUAGUGACUCAAAGCGCUUUACAUAGUGAAACCCAAUAUCUAAAUUACAUUAAAGCAGUGUGGGUGGCACUGGGAGCAGUUGUGUAAAGUGUCUUGCCCAAGGACACAACGGCAGUGACUAGGAUGGUGGAAGCGGUAAUCGAACCUGCAGUCCUCAAGUUGCUGACAUGGCCACGCUACCAACCGAGCUAUGCCGCCCCUUGGUAUAAGCCAUAAGCUAGCUUCUGUGUCAACAGAUGAAGAGAUUUAGAGUUUUUAAUGCACAAAACAAUGCGAUGGGACACACAUGUACUGACUGAAAAACAUGAACAAUUAUAUUACAGUAUACAGUAAGUUAUAGCCCACGUUUCAUUUGUAGAAGUUUGACACUUGUACCAACAAGCUGUGUGUAUCAUGAUCAAUAUUCUCAUGACUCACUCAAUUGAUAGUUGCCUGUUUUUUCCAGUUUAUUUUGGGUAAGCACACCAUUUAUGUCGGCAUAGCUCAGCUCCAAUUUCCACAUUUGCAGUUUCAAGUCACGCUGGUCUCCACUCUCUCGGCUUCCGUCUUGAUUCACCGUUUCACCCUUCCCUCGUGUUUGAUAAGCCUCUUUACCCAGUAGUUUGUUCCCCGCAUAUUCAGCUUAAAAAAGACAAGGUUUGUUAUUCCUGAUUUGUCCAAAAAUGGCCGUCCGCAUCGUCUAUUUCGAAGUCUGCCACCAUUAGAAUAAAUACGCGAUUGUUUCCGGAAGUCGGAGGUUUGUUGCUGUGGGUACGGAAAUGAAUGCGCAGAGGAAAUACUGUAACUUCCAGUAAUGUUUUAAAUGACCAAAAUAAGGUCAAUAUUGCACAUAUAACAUAUUGUUAUGAAAUUGUCUGUUACUUGUCCAGGGUGUACCCGCCUUCCGCCUGAUUGUAGCUGAGAUAGGCGCCAGCGCCCCCCGCAACCCCAAAAGGGAAUAAGCGGUAGAAAAUGGAUGGAUGGACUAAAUUAUAUACAGUACAGGACAAAAGUUUGGACACACCUCCUCAUUCAAUCUAUAUUUCCUUGACUAUUUACAUUGUAGAUAGUCACAUCAAAACUAUGAAUGAACACAUGUGGAGUUAUGUACUUAACAAAAAAGAUGUUUUAUAUUCUACUUUCUUCAAAAUAGCUACCCUUUGCUCUUAUUACUGCUUUGCACACUCUUGGCAUUCUCUCUAUGAGCUUCAAGAGGUAGUCCCCUGAAAUGCUUUUCACUUCACAGGUGUCAUAGUUUUGAUGUGACAAUCUACUAUGUAAAUAAUCAUAAAAAUAAAGAAAACUCAUUGAAAUGAGAAGGUUUGUCCAAACUUUUGUCUUGUACUGUAUGUACCUGCAAAUAUACAAAGAUUGAUGGUGGGGUUUGAAGGCUACAAUGGUGACUCCCAAGCAUUGUUUUUGUCUUUAGAAUCCCACUGCGUGCCACUCUCCCACUGCGUGGCGCAGUGGGGAGAGUGACCGUGCGCAACCCGAGGGUCACUGGUUCAAAUCCCACCUAGAACCAACCUCGUCACGUCCGUUGUGUCCUGAGCAAGACACUUCACCCUUGCUCCUGAUGGGUGCUGGUUGGCGCCUUGCAUGGCAGCUCCCUCCAUCAGUGUGUGAAUGUGUGUGUGAAUGGGUAAAUGUGGAAGUAGUGUCAAAGCGCUUUGAGUACCUUGAAGGUAGAAAAGCGCUAUACAAGUACAACCCAUUUAUCAUUUAUUUAAAAAAAGUUACUGCCUUAUGUAAGUAUUGUGAAUGAUUGACAAAAUUCCAAAAAAGUGGAGUUCCCCUUUAAGGCAACUGGUCAAAAAUAGAUGUGGAUUUAAUACUGUGAUGCUGAUCACAAUUUGUAAUAAAAAACUAAAUACAAUUUGACACAA